AUGGUUUUGAAAUUUUCUCUCAUUGUAGUUUUUCUUGUGUUUCAUUUCUUCACUUUGGAAGCCAUUUCUAAGAAUCACAAUAAUAAUCACAAUGUUGUGCCUAAAAAAUCAUUGACUGAUUUUGUAGUUAGAGACUUAACAAGAAUUCAAGCUUUGCAUAAAAGGGUCAUUGAAAAGAAGAACCAAAACUCCAUUUCAAAGUGGCAAAAAACAAAGGAAGAAUCAAAUAAGUUCUAUAAGCCACCGGUGGUUUCUCCGGCUGCACCGCCGGAAUAUUUCACCGGAAACUAUUCAAGUCAGCUUGUUGCAACGUUGGAGUCAGGAGUAAGUUUUGGCUCUGGUGAGUAUUUCAUUGAUGUAUUCAUAGGUACACCACCUAAACAUUUUUCUCUCAUACUCGACACCGGUAGUGAUCUUAAUUGGAUUCAAUGUGUUCCUUGUUAUGCUUGUUUUGAUCAAAAUGGACCAUAUUAUGAUCCUAAUGAUUCUUUUUCUUUUAAGAAUAUAAGUUGUCGUGAUUCGCGUUGUCAACUUGUGUCAUCGCCUUCGCCUGAUCCUCCUCAGCCUUGCGAGGCUGAGGAGGAGAGUCAGGUUUGUCCGUAUUUUUAUUGGUAUGGAGAUAGUUCAAAUACAACAGGCGAUUUCGCGGUUGAAACAUUCACUGUGAAUCUUACGAAACCAAAUGGCGAAUCGGAUCUCAAAAUCCUCGAAAAUGUUAUGUUUGGUUGUGGUCAUUGGAAUAGAGGACUAUUUCGCGGCGCUUCUGGAUUGUUAGGAUUAGGAAGAGGACCAUUAUCAUUUGCUUCACAGCUUCGAAAUCUCUAUGGUCAUUCAUUUUCAUUUUCAUAUUGCUUUGUGGAGAGAAAUAGCAAUUCAAGUGUUAGUAGCAAAUUGAUAUUUGGUGAGAACAAAGAGCUUCUUGGUAAUCCAAAUUUGAAUUUCACUUCUUUUGUUGGUGGAAAAGAGAACACAUUUUACUAUGUUGAGAUAAAAUCUGUUAUGGUUGGUGGUGAGGUGUUGAAUAUACCACAAGAAACUUGGAGUUUGUCAGGAGAAGGUGUUGGUGGCACAAUAAUUGAUUCUGGUACAACUUUAACUUAUUUUGCUGAGCCAGCUUAUGAGAUUAUCAAGGAAGCAUUCAUGAAGAAAAUCAAGGGUUAUGAAAUUGUUGAAAGCCUUUUACCUUUGAAGCCAUGUUAUAAUGUGAGUGGAAUUGAAGAAAUGGAAUUGCCUGAAUUUGGAAUCAUGUUUUCAGAUGGAGCUGUUUGGGAUUUUCCUGUUGAGAAUUACUUCAUUCAGAUUGAGUCUGAUGAAGUUGUUUGUUUGGCUAUUUUGGGGUCUCCUAAAUCUGCUCUUUCAAUUAUUGGAAACUAUCAACAGCAGAAUUUUAAUGUUUUGUAUGAUAUGAAGAAUUCAAGACUUGGUUAUGCACCAGUGAAGUGCACCGAAGUUUAA